AUGGCGACUCGGCGAGCUAUGGGAUGGUGGAUGACUAGGGAUGGGAUAGGAUGGGAUGGACGCUUGAAUGAUGUCGGUGGAUGUCGCCAGCGCGUCGUGGUGGAUGGAUCGAACGGGUCCAUCGAAGAGAAAAUGUGGGUGGAUGGGUGGAUGGAUGCCGUAGGACACGGCGGAAACGAAAUCCAGGUCGACUACCUACUCGGGUAUAGGCUGGAUGGUAUUCUCGGUCUUGGUAUAAGACUGCGAGAGGGACGGCGGGAUUGGGCCGUAUUCGGUGGUUGUUGGUCGGCAGUCAGUGGUGAUGGUGUUAUAGACUUGGGGUUGAACCUUUGGUAUUCCGCGAACGUUGAAAGGAGGGCGGGCAUGUAUUCCUACAGCAAGGGCAAGACGAGAGUCGGAGGUGUGCUCCUGCUUGUUGUCGGGUUCUCGUUUGGCCCGACGGCACUUUCCCAUUUGCAGCCAACUGCACCUCAGUCCUGCCGGGUCCAAGUCCAGGGCAGUGUGCACCUGCUUCGUGGUACGAAUACCUCCUACAAUGGAAGUGAGGUGCCUUUCCCCUGCCUGCUUGACUGUCUGCCCGCUUCCAUCGGCAAUCCCCUCCCUGCGUCGCUUCUUACCGUUGUCACCACCUACCUUACGGAUACAUACCAGAUGCAGAAAAAGGCUGUGGAUGAUCGCCAGUGGAUGCGUGGGAAAAAAGCCUCGUCAGACCAGGGCUUCAUCGAGGGUUGGACGGGGGCCAUCGUGGCAUCGUCACUGGGCCCAAUACAGCAGUUCUCUGUGCGUCUCGUUCGCACAUCGAGCCACAAAUCUAAUACACCUCCAGUCCGCUGCGAAACCAUGAAUCACCUCCACGCUCACCAAUGGAUCCGGGGGGCUCUUGCGAGGAACCUCCAGUGUUUGUUUCCCCAUAUACCCAUUGCCCACGUUUGUCGCCUGCAAAUCUGGUUGCUCUGGGCUGCCUAUCCUCCGCCUCAACUCCGGUCUCCAGCCCGCAUUCUUCGUGAUACACCGGGACAGACUCUCGCGUUCCCUCUUCGCUUACCCAUGCAAAAAGUCUUCAAGUUAAGGUACCUAAGGGCUCACACUACUGCGCGUUCUCGUACUCUGUACAAGCACGAAUCUCCAGUACUCGGGGUUGAUGUCGACACACCCCCUCAAGGCCUCGCGGUGGCACACCUUGGAACCUCAAUCCCGAGGUCUUCUCGUGAACCCCUGGUCUCACUGCCCGCUCUCGGAGCAAAGCUUUGCACCAUCUCAAUCGCCCGACUCAUGUUUCUUGGUGAUCCUGCCGCCUCCACAACGCGCAUUGGAUCGCAAAUGCCCCGGUCUUUCCACAUUCUACAACCCGUCAAGACUCUUGGUGACCAUCUGCGACGCAACCUGCAUCUUGGCCCCCUUCUUUUUGAGCUUCGAGACGUGUUCGACAGACGCGCCGCAGCCCUGUGUCACAAUCAAGUUGACGAGCAAGACAUUGAAUCGCCAAAGAAGAGGUAG